AUGUCUCGCAAAUCCGGCUCAGGCGCCACAUCCUCGGACACGAUGAAGGACACCGGAUUGGCGCCCGACGUCCUUUCGGUAUUAGAGAAACAUUUUUCGUCGGAUCCGCUUCGCGAAUCAGGUGGAUGGACACCUCGUGCCAAGAAUCAGGCGCCUUCCAAGGAUGAUACAACCCCCGCAAUAGUGGCGCCAAAAACCUCCGAAGCGCCUACAACGGGGGAAAGGGCAGACACGGCGACGACACCCCCUAACUCACAAGCGCCGUCCACGGGUGGUGUGGCCAGCGCGGCGACGCCCUCUGAUCCGAAACCGAGUAAGUUGUUAAGUAGCAAAGUUUAA